AUGCAUCCUGAGGCAAAACGGUUCGUAAAGGAGGCGGUUCUGUAUGCCUUGGCUUUUGGAUGUUCAUGCGGAAAAAAAGAAGCUAUACAAAAAAGUCAAGCCCGAUUGAAUGAAUGGGCACAACGGCGGAAUCGGUUACCUGAAGAUUUGCAGCUUGAUGAUUAUGAGCAACUGAUUGCUUCACAGCUCGUUUUACCAUCAGACAUUGACACAGCAUUUGAAGACAUUGGAGGAUUGGACAACGAAAUCACGGAACUGAUACAGGACGUACUCUUUCCCCUUCAGUAUCCAAACAUUUGCGGCGAUAUACAGGGCAAUGACUUGCUUGCCUCUCCUAAAGGUCUUUUACUGUACGGACCACCAGGAUGCGGGAAAACCAUGCUCGCAAAAGCACUUGCCAAACAGAGCGGUGCUACGUUCAUAAACGUGAAUGUUGGUUUGCUUACGGACAAAUGGUUUGGCGAAUCAAAUAAACUUGUGGAAGCAUUAUUUCGUCUUGCACACAAGCUGGAACCGACUGUCAUUUUCAUUGACGAGAUUGAUUCUUUCUUGCGUCAACGACAAAGCACAGACCAUGAAGCAAUGGCGCAAUUAAAAGCAGAGUUUAUGUCGUUAUGGGAUGGUCUUUUGACUGGUCAGUCCCGUGUCGUCGUACUCGGUGCUACGAACCGAAUCCAAGAUAUCGACGAGGCUAUUCUUCGUCGCAUGCCUAAAACAUUUCACAUUAAGCUUCCAGAUUCACGACAACGUGCUCGUCUGCUUCAAUUGUUUUUGAAAGGUAUUUCCCUCGAUCAAAACUUUGAUAUAGAAGCAGUGGUCAAAGCAACCGAGGGCCUCUCUGGAUCCUACAUCAAAGAAACCUGUCGUUCUGCUCUCGCAAGAGUUCGUCGGGAACUGUUUCGACAGUAUGGGAUGGACAUGGAAAGCCUUAAAACUGCUCUAGCAAACGGUAAGACUUUAAGGCCCCUCCGCACCGAAGACUUCUUCCCUCGGAAGGAACUGGAUUAA